CUGCUUCCCUCCCCAACAACAGAAAGAGAUCGUAACAUUUCCAAUUGCCAAUGGUUGGUGAGAUUGUGAACUGUGGAUCUCCAAGCCCAGGUUUGAAGAUGGCUUCUUCUUCCUCCUGUAAUGUAGAAGAAGAUGAGAGCCUGAAAGGAUGUGAACUAUAUGUUCAGAAGCACAACAUCCAACAAAUUUUGAAAGAAUGUAUUGUAAACCUUUGCAUUGCCAAACCAGAUCGUCCCAUGAAAUAUCUGCGAGAGCACUUUGAAAAACUAGAAAAGGAAGAAGGCAAACAGAUUUUGGCUCGACAGAAAUCCAAUUCUCAGUCAGAUUCCCAUGAUGAUGAAAUUUCUCCACCUCCUCCAAACCCAGUCGUUAAAGCCCGCCGAAGAAGAGGUGGUGUGAGUGCUGAGGUUUACACCGAAGAAGAUGCUGUCUCUUACGUUAGAAAGGUUAUUCCAAAGGACUACAAAACAAUGACUGCCUUGGCAAAGGCGAUAUCUAAAAAUGUACUCUUUGCUCACCUUGAUGACAACGAGAGAAGUGACAUUUUUGAUGCCAUGUUUCCUGUUACCCAUAUUGCUGGAGAAACAGUCAUACAACAAGGGGAUGAAGGAGAUAAUUUCUACGUAAUUGAUCAAGGAGAAGUUGAUGUGUAUGUGAAUGGAGAAUGGGUCACCAGCAUUGGAGAAGGAGGCAGUUUUGGGGAACUUGCCCUCAUCUAUGGCACUCCAAGGGCUGCUACGGUCAAGGCCAAGACAGAUCUCAAACUUUGGGGAAUUGACAGGGACAGCUACAGGAGGAUUUUAAUGGGCAGCACACUGAGGAAACGGAAGAUGUAUGAGGAAUUCCUAAGCAAGGUCUCCAUUUUGGAAUCAUUGGAUAAAUGGGAGCGACUGACAGUGGCUGAUGCACUUGAACCUGUCCAGUUUGAAGAUGGAGAAAAAAUUGUUGUUCAGGGUGAACCAGGGGAUGAUUUCUUCAUUAUUACAGAGGGCACAGCUUCUGUCCUUCAGCGCAGAUCUGAUAAUGAGGAAUACGUAGAGGUCGGAAGACUUGGACCGUCAGAUUACUUCGGAGAAAUUGCUUUGUUGCUCAACCGACCUCGGGCCGCCACCGUGGUGGCCCGUGGUCCACUGAAGUGUGUAAAACUGGAUCGUCCUCGCUUUGAACGGGUGCUCGGCCCAUGUUCUGAGAUCCUGAAGAGAAACAUUCAGAGAUACAACAGCUUCAUUUCUCUGACCGUUUAAGAAACGUCAUCUGGAAUUGCCACCUUUGUGUUCCUUUGUGCCCGAAAAAAAUUGACCUGUGCCAUUUCCCUAGUUGUUUGAGAAAAUGAGAUGUGCAUUUUUUUGUGAAAUUUUAUGUUACUUUCUCAUGUACUGGAUAUAAACUCCAUUUUUGCACACCAUUGAAACAGGGAGACAACUGCUUGGAUGAAACUAGCUUCUCAGCACCUUGAUGAAUUAUAAGAUUUUUGACUCACAUAUUGGCAGAAAAAAUAACCACCUUCUGUAUUUCAAGGUCUUUAUGAAAAUUACAGACAAAAUGCCAGUGAAGACCCUUAUAUUUUAGCUGAAUUUCAUGAGGCAUUCAGGUAAUUUACCCUUUGCCUUUUAGGGGAAAAUAUGUUUAAAUGGGUAUGGACUCUAAAAUCCAUGUGAUGGUAGUCAAUAGCAAAGUUAUAAAGAGGCAGGCGAGAGAA